CCACUAAAGGAUUGUUAUAUUCUGUGCCUCAAGUUCAAAGGAAAUUAGGCUUAUAAAAAUGGCUUCCAGCAAAAAACAUAUUUACAAAACAUAAGAUGAUGUAAAAAUGUCCGUUUUCCUAUUUUACGUUUUAGUUUUAAGUGUAUUCCGUAAUACGAAAUGUGAUGUAGCUUUACAAAUUAACAAAAAAAUCGAAGAUGUGAUAUAUCCUGUGAAUUGUAAGGUCGAGGAGAAAGUGGGGACACCAUUUUCUUUGGUGUGUGAGUUGGUGUCCACUGCAAACAAAACUAAUGAAUUUGACGACCAAUUGACCUGGGUAAAAGUGGACAAAAACUCCCCAAAUCAACUGAAAUUUACGAGCGACGCUUCAAACUGGAAAAAUGAUCUUAUAAAGGAGAUGAACAAGUCAGAAAAGAAGUUCAAACCCUUGCGGGUGGACGAUCGCGGCAACUACUCUUGUUUUAGUUCUAAAUUUAACAUCCACAAGUCCGUGGAGAUAAUAGUGAGGGACGAUUUGCGACGAAAAGAGCCCCGCCCGAUGAGGGAAACAAUUAUUUGUAACAAGCACAUGUUCCAUUGCGUGCUAGACGGGGUUUGCAUCUUCCAGCAUUUCGUGUGCGACGGCAAGGCGGACUGCAAAGACGGCUCGGACGAGAGUGUUGACACUUGCAACGGGGAUCCCUGCAAAGAUAAAAUCCCCUGCGAGGACGGCAGGUGCAUCCCCACCGCUUGGUGUUGCGACCGUCACCACGACCCCAACUGCAAUAUCACCUUCAGGCACACCUGCUGCCAGUAUCUGUCCGAUUCAUAUGAGGAAAUGGAAGUGGGUUUCCCCGACGCCCCCCAAACCCAGCAUACGGGCGCCAGAUACCUCUUCAUAUCGGUCUGCAUCAUCAGCAUAUUAUUCUCGGUGGUCCUCUUGCUGCUGAUUGUGUCGAAAGUGGUGAUUUUCGCGAAAAAAACCGCCUUGCACCGUCACAACAUCUGCGAGAACAUCACUCUGCGCAACCAGACCAACCUCAACAUCAUACCUUGCGAUAUCUACGCGUACCGUCACUCCAGGACCAGGCGACCUAACAUAGUCCGCAACAUAAUUAUCGAUUCAUCAGACGUCAACGACCCGCUCCUUUUUAAUCCCGCGCGGUUCAAUGUUAUUAACGCUUCUACCCUGUUCGAUCAACCACCAUCCUACGUGGACGUGUUGAGGACCAACCGGUUGGUCAGCGAACCACCUCCCCCAUACAGGAGCGUCGAAAUGCUGGACGAAAGGGAAAACGCACCCGAGAGUGAUUAGCGGUCGUGUAAGUUGGAGUAAAGUCGUCUAAUGUUGAGUAAUAUUUUAUUUUAAUCAAAAAUUGUCCGUUCACCAUUAUGGCAGGGGGGCUUGUGCAUUUCUGACGAUUUAUAUUCACUGUGAAUUAUGGAGGUGGUCUUUAAUGUGAAUUAAUGUGAGGACAUUUCUUGAAUAUUCAUACGAAGAAAAGUUAGGAUUAAAAGCAGAUAUUACCAUUGAAAAAGCUGGUGUAAGUACCGGAAAAAGUGGCACACGGAAAAAAAAGGAAUAGAUUUGUGGAUGUAACAAAAAAAAGCUCUAUAUUGUUUUUCCUACUUACUUUUUGGUGACGGAAAUAGGGGUCAGCGAUCUAGAGCAUUUAAGUUUAAAAAUUAAGAGACAUGAAAAUAUCAAAAGCAAUUUUCAUAAUUGUAUGGAAUAUUAUGUAAAUGUGUCAAAGAAUAAGAUAUAUUUUAUCAUAAAUUUAUUAAUUUCAUUAUAUUUUGCAUUGGCUCUCUGGGGAAACUUCCGAGAAUCCAUGGGGAUUUCGUGGGUUUAUUAAUUUUUUGGUUGAAUUAGAUACAAUUCUAAGUGAGCACUGAAAAGGGUACUUUCAGCAUGAUCUGUUACAGUGCAUGCUUGAAUAAAUAAUUGAGGAAAUUAACACGUGCUUGAACACAUAAUUGAGGAAAUUAACAAUUCUCCGUUUUUGGCGAUCAUGGCGGACGAAACAACACGUUCUUGCAAAAUGUCAAACUGUAAUUAUUUUUAGAUAUGAACGUUUUUGGAGCUACUUAUCACACUUGGUAACUCAAUUUUAACUGUUAUAGAUCCUUUAAUUCUAAAUUCACCUUAUAAAUUAAUUGGGCAAAGUUAUGAUUGGGCAGUGGCCAUGAACGGGCAACACGCAGCAUUAAUUAAAAAAAAGUACCCUUAUACUUACAUUGUACCGGGUAACCCACUUUUUGCGAAUUAAAAGAAUUGCAGAACACAAUACAUUUUUGCCCACGAGCCGCCACUGCAUAGUAUCGCUCACAUCACUGAUUUUCACGUGAUCGCGUGGGAUUUCUCAUGAUUACUGUAGAUUUCGCUUGCAAGGGAUUUCUAAUGAUUGAGCAAGAUAUCGCUUGAUUGAGGUGGAUUUAUCAUUAUUGCGCGAGAUUUUUCAUGAUUGUCCGAGAUUUUACUUUAUUGAGCGCGAUUUCUAAUGAUUUCUCGAGAUUUCUCGUGAUUGCGCGGUAUUUAUCAUGAGUCCACGGAAUUUCUCCUGAUUGCUCGAGAUUUCGCUUGAUUAUGCCGGAUUGUUCAAGAUUGCUCGGGAUUUCUUCUUUUUGUCAUGUUUGAAUUUCUCAUGAUUGCUCGAGAUUUCACUUGAUGCGCGGGAUGUCUCAUUUUUGCACGGAAUUUUUUAUGCUUCCUCGAGAUUGCGGUUAAUUUGGCGGUAUUUAUCAUGAUUGGCCGAGAUUUCGCUUGACUGCGCGGGAUUUCUCAUGAUUGUGCAAGAUUUCAAUUGAUUGCACGGGUUUGAUCACGAUUUGAUACGACAUUAGACGUCUUUACUCUAUCACUCCUUUGUUUGCUAAUAGCAAAACAAAUAGUUGUUAAACUUCCAUUGGUUUGCAGAUAUUUUAUUUUCAGUAUUGUUUCUAGCAAUUGCGUAGUUGAUAUUGAAACGGUCGAAAGUCUGAUGAACUAAGUGCCUUCAAGGAACAAAGUAAACAGAUCGUAUCGUGCUCAUCGCUGUUAAGAGGUUGCACGAAUUUCACAUAUCUCGAUGUCGAAAUCGUCUGUUAAAAACUGUAUAUUUUUACUGAUGUAUAUAAUUAUGUAUAGACCGAGACAGGACAAUAACGCGCCAUGCGGAUUUUUUUUCGUUUGGGUUUGAUUCCCUAGGUUUAUGCAUCGGACUGCAAUAUUGUAGUUUAUAACAAUUAACUUACUGUUCAAGAUUAUAUUUUAGUAUAAAUAAAUUCUAUUUUAGAUUA